AUAACGUAAACAUUUUACAAAACAAUGAAACAAUGUAUUCUGGGACUGUAGUUUGAAGCAGCUGUAAACUGAAUUGGUGACAUCGUGAACGAGACUUCAAUGCCCAGAAACGUAAUCUUUUUGUUGUAGCUGUACGGCUUGUUAGUGAGAGUCGCACUGAACGUGCAGUUGUUCAAAUUCCCCGAUCUUUUAAUAAUCUGGAUAUAUUUUGGUCAGUUGUAUGUAAAUCAAAAUGAUUUGAAGAUCGAAUAAUCUGCUCCGCGCCCGGGUCGGGUCCUCUCGAGAACCAGCACUGUCUUGUAAUGUUUACUUCUUUCGUGCUUCGGCGUGUCCCCUCGAGCGCUUGUGUAGCGGACUGAUGUAGUGUCUGUUUGCUAAAUUAUUUGACACAAACAGUUCAUAGGUUGGGUAGCUUUAUUCAUACGCUUUAUUCACACGAAGGAUGUCCAUCGUGCACAAUCGAUGAAAAUACUCGAUGUGAAUACACCCAGGUAGUUGCAGCCAUAGUCGAGAACGAAGUGCGAGCAAGAUCCUCGUUCAUGAUGGCGAUGUUUCGCAGUUUUGUGUCGGCUACUCAUCAGCUCAGGCAGCAUCAACAAAACGGGGCAGCCGCGGCUGCCACUGGCGAGAGUCUCGAGAGCCAGUUCUCCUGCCCAAUUUGCCUGGAAGUGUAUCAUAAACCUGUCACCAUUGGAAGAUGUGCCCACACGUUCUGUGGGGAGUGUCUGCAGCCUUGUCUCCAGGUCACCUCUCCCCUCUGCCCUCUGUGCCGCAUGCCUUUUGACCCAAAGAAGGUGGACAGGUCCUCCAGUGUGGAGAAACAGCUGUCCAACUACAAGGCCCCCUGUCGGGGCUGCAGCAAGAAGGUGUCUCUGGUCAAAAUGAGGUCACACAUCUCCUCUUGCACAAAGGUCCAGGAACAGAUGGCCAACUGCCCAAAGUUUGUGCCUGUGGUCCCCACUUCACAGCCCAUUCCCAGUAAUGUUCCAAACCGCUCCACCUUUUCAUGCCCGUUCUGUGGAGCCCGCAAUCUGGACCAACAGGAGCUGGUCAAACACUGUAUGGAGAACCACCGCAACGAUCCCAACAAAGUGGUGUGUCCUGUAUGUUCAGCCAUGCCCUGGGGGGACCCCAGCUACAAGAGCUCCAACUUCCUCCAGCACCUGCUCCACCGGCACAAGUUCUCCUACGACACGUUUGUGGACUACAGCAUUGACGAGGAGUCAUCACUGCAGGCAGCCAUGGCCCUGUCCUGUCAAAUCAAAUGUUAAAGUGAGUGACUGUCUGACUCUGUGUUUACAGGACUACAGUAUCGAUGAAGAGGCGGCACUACAGGCAGCCCUGGCUCUCUCCAUGGCAGAGAACUGAGAGUCCUCUGAGUCCCCCAUUCUGCUGUCUGGGGACUCACUUCCAUCCCGACACCCCACUAGCUCUCUUCCUUUCUCUGGAUCCACCCCAUAUCCAGCCCCCUCCACUGUCUCCUCACAGGGAACGUUUGGAAGGACCUGGCCCUGGCCAAGACUCCCACUCUGGGAGAGCUACAGAGAGAUUAUCUCCUAACCCUGUCCCUGAUCCUCUGCCUGGCCCUUCAUCCACUCUGCUCACCUGCUUAACUCGUCCCAUUACAUCAUACUCUCAGCCGGCAGCAGCCCCUUCACUUCCUGUAUACUUGGGAGGAGGGGAGCUUGGCCUCCCAAUAAAUGUUGCAAUUUAAAACCACUGCAAUGUAAACCAGUGAGUACAGCAUGGACAUUGUUGUUAUUCUGCAGUAAGUAUGAAGUUUCCCAAAAGUAAUGAUUUAAGGUAUUUUAUUUUACUCUUUGUUUUUCACUGUUCGAAUGAAACUUUUUCAAACUCCAGGAAAAUGCCAUCACUUGACACACGUUCUGGUAAAAGUACCACAGAUUAGUUCUGUUCAAGUUUAUUCUCAAGUUUGAUGGCUUUUUGAUUGAGGGACUACAGUUGAAUGGCUUGACCCCAUUCUCAGUGUGAUAAUCUUACUGCUGGGUGACAGUCUAGACAUGACCAGUUGAACACAGAGAGUGAGGACAUUCUUACAUCCCCAUCACGACAACAACACACCCUUAACAUUUGCAACGCGAAUCAAAACAAACUCUCAAACUAUCCCCUUUUGUAUUCAGAGUUUGUGUGAAUACUUGCACUUGUCACAUUUUUCUACACAAUUGAACUAUAGAUUGUUCUUAUUUCACAGUUGAGAAACAGAAUUGUAGUACUCCAUUCAUUAUUCGCUCUGCUGAUAUUUUUAUGAAGCACCAGACAAGAUAAAAAAUAUAUAUUUUUGGAAAAUGUCCCAGUUUCAAAUGGUGUACUAACAAUAAGAAACAUGUUUAUUGGAGAUGUGUUCGUUGUUUUACCACCUUUUUCUAAGUACCCGUUGGUACUGUACUGCUGGCAUCAGUUGUUAGCAGGAGCUUAGAGCCCAUGUGUAAUACGCUCUCAAACACCAGAGGGCGCCCCAGUGUCAAAAUAGACCUGGCAAUAGUCAUUCAAAGCCAUGUUCUUCAGUCAGUGUUACUCCAAGUCAUCAUGUUUAUACCCAUUCACAGUAUUGUGAAGAUGUGUUGACUAAAUAUAUGACCUGUUUGGUUUAGUGCCCACUAGGAGAAGUGCAAUAUUAUGACGUGAGUACUGUUGGAUAAGUCUAUCCUUGUGGUUGAGUUGGAUGCUGUCCCAUAAGAGUCCAGUUUUAUGUUAAUUGUUGUCGUGGAACAAAAUUGUUCCUCGGCCAUUUACCUAUCAGGAUCCGCACUGCUCCAAUCUCAGUGGGGUCUCCCCAAAACUGGUCAUCAGAGCUGUGAAAAUCUGUUUGUAACAGGCCUGGAAUGUGUACGGCAUAUUGAAUCAUUAUGUUCCAAAGGUUUGUUAAAGACGUCCACUUUCUGAUAGCGCAGUAAUUAUUCAAGUUGGAUUGAAACAGAACUGUUCAGAACAGCUGCAUAUUCAAUCUUAUGAGAUCAAUUUCUCUCGCGGCACUUUGCUUCAAAGGGAUACAAUUAUGAAAGUACGUUGCCCCGAAGUAAAUGUCCAAUUAUAAGCCUGGGAAACUGGUUUGAUUGUUCUUUAUAUAGCAAGCAAUGGAGGAAGAUAUUGUCAAAUCAAAUCAAAUUGAUUUAUAUAGCCCUUCGUACAUCAGCUGAUAUCUCAAAGUGCUGUACAGAAACCCAGCCUAAAAGCCCAAACGGCAAGCAAUGCAGGUGUAGAAGCACGGUGGCUAGAAAAAACUCCCUAGAAAGGCCAAAACCUAGGAAGAAACCUAGAGAGGAACCAGGCUAUGUGGGGUAUUGUGUAUUGUGAUGAGUUGUUACUAGACUGACGAGUAGAAGUAUAAUGGUCUGUCCAUUUGUGUUUUUCCUUGCUUCCGAGGGGAAUUGUACAUACGGUAGAGAAUGCAACAUUUAGGUUUAGGUCUAACGUUUCACAAGUUACAUCUUUUUCCCAGAGCAAUGCAUUGAAAUAUUGCACUUUAAUUCCGUAAUAUAUUUUGAAGGGUAGGAAUUUUGUGUCAUUUUUUUUUCUCUUUUACUUUAAUUCGUUCCAAUGUGUCCCAUUUCAUGGUGGAUGAUAAUGUAAGUUGUGGCUGUUUUUGUGUAAGAGCAGAGGGAAGGUUAAAUGAUCUCAGUCAUAACAUGUUGUUUUGGAGUACUGGGCUGGUAUAAAAUGUAUUUGUCUGUUGUGUCAUUUAAUAUUUUAUAGAUGGGUAUAGAUUGCAAAAUCAACUGAGAAAACCAUCCCAGAUGCACAAUAGUGUGGCAAAUCAAAAUGGACUCUCGGCUUAGUCGGAAGUGUUCCUGGAGAUAAUGCAUCCUUAUUUGAAAGACAUCGACAUGUUAUAUUUUCGGUGUUUUAAAUGUAAUGUACUGGUUGGUGGCACAGUAUUGACAGCUGUAGCCAUUGGAGAAAAACUGUCGUCACCAUGAGAAGUCCUGAGUUUCUUCUGGGGCACCAAGGAAUUGUCACGCAUCUUUAAUUUAAUCAUUUACUCAGCCUUUUUUACUACCUAAUAAUGAUGCUAUUUUAGAAAUGUAAGGUAAAAGGUAUUGUGUGUUUAGAUCAGCGUUCGCGAGCUGUAGCCUAAUGUAGAUUUUGUAUGGAGUAUAACUCAAAUGUAUACUUUUCACUCUUUGUGUACUGUUGCAUCCAUGCAUAAUGCCACUGUACUGUGCAUCAUCAUCCCAAAUGUCCUGCUUGUGGUCAAAACCAGCCCAAUCUCUGUAAAAUAAACUCAAUGUUGCAGGUCACACACUGAUAGACCACCUGCAACAAAGACAUACACCAAAAACUCCAAAAACAGGACAGUGAAAAGGAAAGUAUUUGUAUGAACUUUGUUGGGUCAUUUUUCUCAAGAGGGCCUUACUGAGACUGUCUGUUCUAAUCUUGGUAAGGCUGACAGGAAAUAGACUGCCAUAUAGACCCGUAUCACAGCAAUCAGAGAAGACAGAGCCUGUGUCUCUGACUGCCCCCCAGGACUUGGCUGCCCUGAGAGUGUAUGUAAUGUCACUCAGUAUAGACACAGGCUGAUAUUGUCCUCCCCAGGGGGGUCUGCGCUACAGUCACUUGAAGCAGGACGUUUCCUUCAGGGCCACUGUACCCUAGAGACCCAGCCUGGGGUUUUGGCCCUACUGUCAGGGCCUGUGUGUGUUAAAUGUGAUUUAUGCAUUCUUGAAAAAAAGUAAUAAUACCAGUAAUAACAAUGUGGAUAUUCAAGUUAUAACACUGUUUGAAGUUUAAUAAGAUAUUGUAUUUGUAGCAGAUUUUUCUUUCCCUCAAUAAAAACACUGACCCAUCCCA